CGACAGAGCAUGGGCAACACCGAGAGCUGCCGUGGCCUCGCGUCCGAGCUCGACCGACUCGAGAGCACUCUGUCGGUGCUCGCGGCGACCAACCCAGUGGGCAUCCGGCCGCUCCGAGCGCACCAAGUCCACGUCCACGGCGCCGUCCUCAACUGCUCUCUAGAUGUGCGCGUCACCAUUGGCCCAGUCGUUGGCGUCGUCGGGCCCAACAAGGCGCGCAUUCUUCUCGAGGUCAGCACGGCCACUGCCAUCACAUGCCAUCUCACACGCCAAGAGCGGAUGACGGGCCACUUCCUGGAGGUGCCCUCGGCCCGCGUGACGGUCGCCGCACCCGCCGGCGCGCCAGUGGUCUUUGUCAUCACGCAACUGCUUCCCGAUACGACCUACUACUAUGCGUUUAGCGGCGUCUGCAAAGACGAUGCGCGGACGUGCCACGGAACGUUCCAUACGCUCGCCGUCGACGACACGUCGCCGCUGCAAAUCGCCGUGGUGAGCGGCCAGGACGCGUUUGCUCCAGGCGAGAGCGAUCUCUGGCAGCAGCUCGCCGCGCGCGUCCAGCGCGAUGCAAUAUCGUCGUCGCCCGAGACGAUGCCACUGCCCGUGCAGUAUGUGCUGCACCUCGGCGGCCAAAUUGCACUUCAGCGAGCCUUUGAACAAGGCUACGUGCUCUUGACGCGCCACGCGCAGUCGCUUGCGACGACGUUGCCGAGCACGAUGACGUGGGAGGCCAUGGAAGCAAAGGUCGUUGCGCUCUUCCGCGACGCGUACCGGUUCCAGUGGCGCCUCCCCUUCGUUCGGGACGUCCUCGCCAACACGUCUAACAUCAUGAUGUGGGGCGACCACGAUGUCUACGCCAACUUUGCACAUGCUAGUGUCUUCCAAAUGAACCACGAACAGCCCUCGCUCCACAUGCAAGUCAUGCGUCUCCUCUUGCGCUCAGCGCGCCGGGUGUUUCACGAGUACCAGCGGCAGCUCUGGGACGACGACUUUGGCGCCUUCUCGGCCGAGACGGCGCGACGCAUCGCACUUGCCGAGAGCGGUUUUCAAGCAACGAGCGAGGUCGCCCAGCGGCAGCUGGAGCUGCAUGAGCUGGAGCAGACCAUGGCCAUCUCGAAGCGCCGGAUGGAGUUUGCCACAACCAAGAUGUACGAGCAGCGCGUCGCCGUGCUCCGUACCGAGCUCGACGCACUUCGGUUGCAAGCGGCGGCGGCGCGCGACGAGCUUCUCGCGGUGGACCGAGGUGAAGAGUUUUGUGUUUGGACCGAGCGCCACAUUGCCUUUCUCUGCUUGGACAUGCGCGGCAGCCAUCUGGCUCCGGGGGGCGUCCCGACGCCCGACAACCCGAUGUGGAGCCCCGCCCAGUGGGACUUUGUCACCAGCAUCCUCGCCGAACCGCGAACACGCGUCCUUGUCGUCUGCAGCGAGCUUCCCAUUGCUGAUGCGACCAGCGCGAGCGUAGAAGCACUUCUUGCAUCCGAGCCAACGUCGUCGUGUGCGUCGUGGUGGGGGCGCCGACCGGAGGACCAGCACCGACUCUUGUCGCUGCUUGCCGACUGGCAAGUCGAGCGACCCAACCGACUCGUUUUGCUCUUGUCCGGAGCGAGUGCGACGCGCUGGCCGAUCGCGUCGGUUGUACAGGACGUGACGAUGCGCGCGUCGAUGCCGCAGUACGUGGUGGGCCCCAUGACGAUGACACCGUCGACGCGGACGCUGCCGGCACUCUCCGCGACGCUCAGCGACCGGUUCGUCGUGACGCACACCAUCGAGCGGCCACUCGAGACCAACUUUGUUUUGUGCCAGCUCACGGCGUCGGCCGAUCGUGAUCCGACGUUGCACGUGACGCGCCAUCGUCAGAUGGCGUCGACGGCGCGCGUGCUUCUGGGGCCAAUCGUCGGACUCGUCGAUGCGUUCUCGAGUGUCAUUCUUCUCGAGGUUGAUCGCGAUGCGUUCGUGACCUGUUUGGUCACAAACGUCGUCAGUGGCGCGACCCAGCGACUGCUGCAGAAGCUUCCGGCGCGGCGGCCAAAGCGUUUUCACUUCACGCAGCUCGCACCGCAGCAACACUACAGCGUCACGUUUCUCGGGCUCGCCGAGCCAUCGACGCUGUGCCACUUUGCGACGCCGGCCGAGCGUCCAUCGCGGUUCGACUUGGCCCUCUUGAGCCACGACCGCUUGCGGUCGUUCCCGUUGGUGCCAGAAGGGUCCGUGCUGCCGCCGACGCUCUGGAGCACGCUCGAAGCGUCGCUCGCUGAACCGUUCAGCGCCCUCACGCUCGUCUUGCACCUCGGCGGCCAGAUUCAUCCGCGUGAGCAUGCGUCCGUCGAUGCGGCGCGGGCGAUGCUGCACCCCGUCGCCGCCGACACCGACCUUGUCGACGAGCAACUGCGCAAUGUCUACCGUCACCACUGGACGCUGCCGACGACGAGAAAUGCGCUGGCGCUCGGCGCACACCUCAUGGUGCCAAGCGAAGUCGACGUCCUCGAGCUGCCCGAGGGUAUCGCGCGGCCCGAUCGGCCAGCAGACACGGCGGUGCUCUCAUCGCGCUUGCAAGCGAUCGCAUCCGAGUACCAGCUCCAGCUCUGGCCCGACUCGAGCGUCAAACCCUAUCCCUUUUGCCAUACCUGGGGACCCUUUGGUCUCUUUGUGUGGCCCAAAACGUCGGCUGACGUGCGCUGGUCGGCGCUCUCUGCUUUUCUGGCGCAGCCAUCACUGACGACGCUUGUCAUGGCCUGCGACCAGCCAUUGGUCGACGACUCGGUCGAGGACCUCCGCGAAAAGGCAAAAACGCAGCCGCGCCCGUACGGCAGCACGUUCCCAGCGCACGCCGACGACCUCCUCCGCCUGCUCGACGUGCUCUUUCACUGGCAUCGCAAGGACAUUACACAGGUGGUGUUUGUGUGCGGCCACGAACACUUUGGCUUUGACACGCUCUUGCAAGACGCGGUCGCACGCCACUUCUGCGUGCGCCAGUACGUCGUCGGGUCGCUCAGCACUACGUCGACGAUCGAGCAGCGCAUGGCGUACCUCGCAACUGGCUCGAUCGGCACCACGAUGACGUUUGCCCACAACUUUGACGCGUCGUAUCUGGGACCGCACUUCGGCCAUUUGACGCUGGGACCGACGGAGCCCGCGGCCUACGAGGUUGUGACGCUUACGGGCGACGAGAGCAGCCUCGGCGACAGCUACACACGCGCCCCCGCUGCGAGCUGGUACCUUUCGCCGCAGCUGCCCGAAUGGCUGCACGCGGUCAAUGCCAGUGAGCCAACGAGCUACAGCGUACUCUGCGGCCAUCUAUGAGUACUAUCUUUUGCAUUGAGGGUCACGGCACUACGGCAAUCCUUGGCCAAGCGCAUCUGUUGGUUGCUUGAGCUCGCACUUACAAAGACUAUAUUAGCAUCACACUAAAUAUCGAGUGGUCGGGCAAGUGCAACCUCAUCUUUUGGUUGCGAUGGCGAAGCGCGUGGUGACCUUUGUGACUGGCAACAAGAAGAAGCUCGAGGAGGUCGUUGCGAUCCUCG